AUGAAGGAACCAGUGGUGCUGCUGUUUGGUAUCAUCAAGACUGUGAUAGUGAUAGCUGUGUUUUUAUCCGGAUGUGUGUCGAUCGUGUUUACACAGGUUGUUGGACUGUUUAUUGGGAAGAUCACGGGCUCGAGAGACUUCGUGCAAGGAUGGAUGAGCAGAACAAAGGACUCGUUCAUCGUGCUGCUCACCGGUGUCAUCAGCUUUGCAUCUCAUAGUUCAAUCAACAUUCGAGUGUCGUCUUCAGAUCUUACACGCGAGAGGCUGUACUUUGUUGACGGUAUGUUGAAGCUGAAGGUACCAGCGCAUACGCUGGCGUUUGCCAACCACCAGAUCUAUACGGACUGGGUAUUUCUGUGGUGGCUUGCCCAGUGUGCUGAUCUGGGAGGGUUUGUCUAUAUCAUCUUGAAGGCUGAGCUGUCGAAGCUUCCGCUGUUGGGUUUCGGUAUGAAGUGUUAUGAAUUUAUCUUCCUUACGAGGAAAUGGGACCACGAUAAGUUCACAAUGGGGAGACAGCUACGUAUGAUUGAUGCUAAUGCGAGAGGAUAUGGACCUGCCAAUGGUAUCGACUGCGACUCCCAGGGCAAUUGGCCUCAAGGUGUUGACUCGGAGAAGGGAUGGCCGUAUCAACUAAUCAUUUACCCGGAAGGAACCAACUUGAGUGCCAAUACAAGGGACAAGACAGAGAAGUACGCUGCUAAAGCAGGUAAGACACCCUUCAGACACGUUCUAUUGCCUCGAACCACUGGUCUAAGAUUCAGCUUGUUGCAGCUCAAGGAUACGCUACAGGAGGUUUAUGAUAUCACCGUUGGCUACUCCGGAGUCAGACCAGAGGAAUAUGGACAGGACAUCUACACAUUAUACCAGGCUUUCCUUAGAGGCAAUAACCCCAAGUUGGUUGAUAUACAUGUCCGUGUUCUGAAAUUAGAUGAGAUCCCACUGGGUAAAUUGCACUACGACGACCCGGAAGAGGAGGCUAGAGACAUUGAACUGUUCGAGAAAUGGCUCUAUAGAGUAUGGGAAGAUAAGGAUAAUCUAAUGGAGACUUUUUACAACACUGGUUCCUUUAUGAGCGAGAGUGCCCACGAGGCCACUGUCAUAACGUCUCUUAAAGUCAGUAAACUGAAGUUUAUCCAGAUCUUCUACUGGCCCUUGAUCUCGUUCAUGUUCAUCCGUUGCUUGUACAUUGUUCUCAGAUGGCUACUAUAG